AUGCAAUCAAGUGUGCUCAUCACUAAGCUGAUCAGCUGUUUCGCCGGCUCUUGUAUAAAAAGGGAAACAAUGUUGUUAUUUAAAAGAUUUCACAGUAGCGUACAACGCAUUGCAGAAAUAAGCAGAGCUAGCAAGCCUGGAGACACGUUGCACGUUAAGGGAUGGAUAAAAAAUGUGAGGCGACUGAAAAACAACAUAUUCUUGGACAUCAACGAUGGAUCAACGAAUGAGAAAUUCCAGCUUGUUGUGCCCCGUAAUCCAGGAACACAGCAGCUGACCUCGGGUUGCGCUGUCAGCGCCACAGGUUGUGUUCAAGUGGCGCCCAAUGGGCACUUGGAGCUGCAUGCCGACAAAGUAGAGUCUCUAACGGAUGGUCAUUUAAAGGAUGGCUAUCCCUUUUCACCCAAACAGAAGCAUGCUCCCGAAUAUGUACGUGAGCAUCUGCAUUUGCGCUCCCGCAUCGACUAUAUUGCCGCACAAAUGCGUGUUAGGCACAGGGCACAAAAGGCCAUCCACGACUACAUGGACGAGCUCAAUUUUGUGCAGAUCAACACGCCGUUGUUGACUACAAACGACUGUGAGGGAGCAGGAGAGGUUUUUCGUGUGCAGCCAGAGUCGGAGCAAUUGCUGAAACAAAUGGCACGACCUAAUAUUCCAUCGGACCAAAGCUACUUUGACCAAAAGGUUUUCCUCAGCGUCUCCGGCCAGCUACAUUUGGAGGCCAUGUCCUACGGCCUGGGCAAUACUUAUACAUUGGCCCCUGCCUUUCGUGCCGAGAAUUCCAAAUCACCAUUGCAUUUAGCCGAGUUUUAUAUGUUCGAAGCAGAGCUGGUGCAUAUGGAGCAGCUGGAAACCCUGGCUUCCUUCAUAGAGCGCAUGUUGAAGGAGAUUACUAAUCGCCUGCUCAAUGCAAACGCUGCUGAUCUGCAAUUCUGCCAGCAGAGCGCCAAUGCUAGCUCGGAUCUGGCUUGGUUACAAGUACCGUGGAAAACGUUAUCUUACGAUGAGGCGCUCGCAUUGGUUAUAGCCAACAAACAAAGCUUCAAAAGCGCUGUCACUCCCAAUGAGGGUUUCAGCAAGGAGCAGGAACUGUUUCUAGUUGCACACUGCGGCACACCAGUGUUCGUUAUAGACUGGCCGGCACAACAGAAACCCUUCUACAUGAAAACUUGCCGCAGCAAUCCACAACUAGUGCAUGCCCUGGAUCUGCUGAUGCCAUCGGUGGGUGAGCUGUGCGGCGGAAGUUUGCGCGAACCUGAUGCUGAGCAACUCAGUAGGCAUCCACAGCUGCCGAAGAGCUUGGGUUGGUAUGUGGAGCUGCGCAAAUACGGCGGAUUGCCAACAGGCGGAUUUGGCAUGGGUUUCGAGCGAUAUCUGCAGCUGUUGACGGGUGUGAAGAAUAUACGCGAUGUGAUACCGUUUCCUCGCUAUCCGCACAGUUGUAAAAUGUAA